UUGUAGAGACAUCGUCACCAUCUUGGCUUUUCUGUAGGAGUAUAGAAAGGAACAAGUCAACUGAGCGAAUCGAAUACUAAAAACCGGACCCCAUAAUCCAAUAUCUGGCAGUUGUGCGGCGAAUAGCGUGCAAGGCGGUUGUAAAUCGGGCGCGAAUUCUCAACGCAAUAUACACAAUUUAUCAAAGAUAUUUGGAACGCGGCAAGGCAACAUUAAGAAAUAUACUUACAUACAUAUACAUAUGUAUAUAGAAGCUGCAGCGUGAUCAGCAGAAAAAGCAAACAAAGAGAUUCUUGUUUCUGCUGUCCCCCAACGAAGGGAAACGCAUUUCUUGCCAACUCUACGUUCUUAAUUAGAAUCAUUUACGUUUUAAUUAAAUAAGUGCAUUCAAUUAAUUGUAAAAUGAGUGACCUACAGCAUAUAUCAUUACAAAUGGAUAAGGUGGCCGAUGAGCAUAAAACUUUGAAGUCGCCGCAAACCAAUCACAAUGCUGCCACCGAAGCUCGCAAAACACAGCGCAUGGCACGAGCAGUACCGGAAAUCGACGACGAUGAAAAUGAUGAACGUCCAUUUGCCAAAGAUGGCACCAAUCCAGGUGUGGAUGAUGGUCUUCUAGUUGGUGGCGCCAUGCCAAAUGGCGGUCGCCGGCCAAGCUAUGGAUACCCGGACUACCACGAACCCGGCUUUGUUGACAUCAAUGGCGUGCAAACUCCCAUACCAGAUGUGAACGCCUAUCAGCACAAAAAAACUCUCGCCCAGGGCAUGAUGGAUCUAGCCCUGCUUUCAGCAAAUGCGAAUCAAUUGCGUUAUGUGCUCGAAACAAAUCGGCAGCAUCCAUAUUAUUAUCCCAGCUUAAUAUUCAUAUCACUGAGCAUCAUAUUUCAGAUUGCGGUCGGCGUUGGACUAAUAUGGAAUGGCAGAUUCAAUAUUAAGGACAAACGGGAGAUCUGUCGGGCAAAUAAAAUCAACAAUUAUACAGUCAUUGGCAUUUUUAUUGUAACGGUUGUCAAUGUGCUUAUAUCAGCAUUUGGUGUGGCCGAUCGGCCCUCUGCAUAAACACACCAUACUCAUGUCAAAUUUGUCAAAAACAAAUCCCACUCCAUAUAUUUAUAUUAUUAAUGAAAAAAUUGUGAUAAAUAAAAAAAUAAAACAUUUAUAUAUUUUUGGCAAGUA